AUCGAUCUUUGAACUAAACUGUCGGAUCCCACACCUAAAAACAUUGAGGAAAAUUCGAAGACGUUUGAUGACAUGGCAAAGGGAAAUCAGUCUAUUCUCGGAGAAAACAUGAGAAACGUACACUUCAGAUCGCGGACUUUUGUUAUAAUAGGAUGCGCGUUAGCGGGUUUCGCUUUAUUCAGUUACUGGGGCCUUUCAACCCAAAAUAGCGAUCUUCACGACAAAAUCGAACGGCUUGAAGAUAACCUCAACAUUGGUACGCGUAAGCAAAGAGAUCUGGAAGAUGAACUGCAGGCCAUGGUAAAGAAAUCAAAUGAUCUGCUGAAAGCUAAUGCAAAGUUGCAGUCUGAAUUGCAGCAAAAAGAGAAUCUCAUUUCAGCGCAGGGUGUAGAAGGUUCUCAAUGGAGAGACAAAGUACGAAAUGCAGAAACAGAAGUAGAGAAGUUCAAAGCUGACAUUGCAGACAAGGUGAAAAAGUUACAAGAUCUGCAAAAACAAGUUGCAUCAUAUUCUCAAGAUAUUUUGCUUAAAGAAUCAAAAUUGAGCGAAGCACAAGAACUUAUCAAAAAGCUGGAAAAGGACCCUCUCAACGUGCACAAUAUAACUGAACAUUUGUCAAUGGGCCAUGCACCGGCCAUAGUAUCCGCCCCCGUUGGCGGCAUACAUGUACACGAUCCAGCUGUAGAGGGCAUGAUCUUCCAUGGGGUUCCAUUACUACCCCAAGAAUCCCCGAACGUACAGCGUCCACGACCGUUGUUUAGUGUCAACACCCUCAACAAUCUGAAAGUCGCAAGCAGUAGCUCAGCUGCCCCGGCCGCUGACCCUAGCCUUGUCCUCGCAAAACCCAACAACGAAAAGUCCGAUGAUGAUGUCGAAAAAAAGCUUGAAAAACGCCAGGAGAACGAACCGGUAGUCGGAAGGCCACAGCUAGAGGAGAGCGCUCCUGCAGUAAAACCCGAUGAAGAACUGGAGCUGGUGGAUCCGAAAGAUAACGUGGUGGAACACCCAGAAGUGGAGAACGAUGAGACCAAGUUUAAAGAAAUCCGAGAGGAAAUGGACAUUGGGGAGCUAGAUAAAAAUGCUCCGAACGCUGUGGAGAAUUCAAAGGAGCUGAAUGAAGCUAACGAUAACAACGUUAUCGACGAACCGAACCUCAUCAAUUCGCAAGGUGAAAAUCUUGACGAAGAGCCCGCGCUUUUGGAUACCAACCCGCGGUUCCGUAAUUUUAAAGCCCGUGUCAUGCAUAAAAAAACGGAGGACGACAAUUUACCUGAAGAUCAAGAAAUCGAAAACGAACACGAUGACGAUCGAGUAGACAACUAAAACGUUGUGGUGCCAAUCUUUUGUUCUAUUUGUUAUAGGGAUUUCAUGAUCAAUCUUGUCAGUUUUUUUUGUUUUUUUUUAAAUCUAUGAAUGUGUCUAUUCUCUUUUUCUUGCAUUGGUAUUCUUCCACAAAUUAAUUCUUGCGAGUUCGGUCGUUUUUUUUUUUGUUGUUGUGUGUAUUCAACUUUCUCAUGCCUUAGGGUAACGGACGCAACAAUUGUCGACUUGCGAUAGGUUAUGUCAGUUAUGUUUCGAAGUAUUAUUAUUAUAAUACUUUGUUUUUUCUCUGUUAGGUUUUGUUACGUUUAUGUGUUGAAUGCAUCAAGUCGUACAAGACACAAGCUCACUUAUUAUCCUCAUACCAUAAUCAAGUCUCUUAUUACUCGGUCCGAUUAAUAUAUAAACAACUGAAAUCUA